GUGGUUCAGGUGCAUGGAAAUUUGGCCCGGAUUCAGGACAUUCAGGUGGUCCAGGUGCAUGGAAAUUUGGUGCGGACACAGGACUUUCAGGUGGUUCAGGUGCAUGGAAAUUUGGUGCGGAUACAGGACUUUCAGGUGGUCCAGGUGCAUGGGGAUUUGGUGCGGGUUCAGGACUUUCAGGUGGCUCCGGUGCAUUGGGAGUUGGUGCGCUAUCAGAAGAUACAGGUGGUGCAAAUGCAUUGGGAGUUGGUGCACAAACAGGAGAUUCAGGUGAUUCAGGUGCAUUGGUAGUUGGUGCGCAAUCAGGAGAUUCAGGUGGUUCAGGUGCAUUGGGUGUUGGUGCGAAAUCUGGAAGCUCAGGUGGCUCGGGUGCAUUGGGAGUUGGUGCGCUAUCAGAAGCUUCAGGUGAUUCAGGUGCAUUGGGAGUUGGUGCGCUAUCAGAAGGUUCAGGUGGUUCAGGUGCAUUGGGUGUUGGUGCCCUAUCAGGAGGUUCAGGUGGUGCAGGUGCAUUGGGUGUUGGUGCGAAAUCCGGAAGCUCAGGUGGUUCAGGUGCAUUGGGUGUUGGUGCGCUAUCAGGAGGUUCAGGUGCAGUGGGUGCUGGUGCGCUAUCAGGAGCUUCAGGUGGUUCAGGUGCAUUGGGUGUUGGUGCGAAAUCCGGAAGCUCAGGUGCAUUGGGAGUUGGUGCGGAUAUCAGGAGGUUCAGAAAUCCUUUGAAAGCAUGUCAGGGCCACGAUAUGGUUUCAGCUAAUACAGAAAAUCACAACCACACCUUGGCCCUGAUCAUCAAAUUAGAACGACAUUUACAGCGCAACCCGCAGAAACAUCCCUCCUUCACAUGGAUCAAAUCACAUGCAGAAAAUGAGGAGAAUGAAGCAGCUGAUAGCUUUUCCACGCAAGCAGCCACUGAUGAAGAAGCUGAAAAAAAUUACAAUCCCAUCUCUUCCUUCCUACCUCAAAGAACUAUUACUGGGUCAAGGCGAAAACCUUUGGCAGGAAGACUGGACGCACUCAAUGUCAGCACCGAACGCAACAUUACGUCUUAUUUUACGGGACAAAUCCCAUUACCGACCUACUUCAAUAGACAUGGAAUAACAUUCAUGGGCAUAUGCGUCUGCGGAGCGAAAGGGUUCCCAGACAACUAUGUUUUUGAAUGCCAUUUGACAGUAGGACAUCCCCUCCCUCUUCCCAUCAGCAAUAUAGAAGCUUAA